UGUUCUAACUGUUUGAUUCUUCGGCGGGGGAUGGCGGGAAAGGGAGAGGGUCCGGCGAUCGGGAUCGAUCUCGGGACGACGUACUCCUGCGUCGGAGUCUGGCAGCACGGUCGGGUGGAGAUCGUCGCCAACGACCAGGGGAACAGGACGACGCCGUCCUACGUGGCGUUCACCGACUCCGAGAGGCUGAUCGGCGACGCGGCGAAGAACCAGGCCGCCAUUAACCCGACCAACACCGUUUUCGAUGCAAAGCGUUUGAUAGGAAGGCAUUUCAGUGAUGCGUCUGUCCAGAGUGACACCGAGUUGUGGCCCUUCAAGGUCAUUCCUGGCCCUGGAGACAAGCCCAUGAUCGUUGUCCGGUACAAGGAAGAGGAAAAGCAGUUUGCUGCUGAAGAAAUUUCUUCAAUGGUUUUGAUUAAGAUGAAAGAAAUCGCUGAGGCAUACCUUGGCUGUACCGUCAAGAAUGCUGUGGUCACAGUCCCUGCUUAUUUCAAUGAUUCACAACGUCAGGCCACCAAGGAUGCUGGCCUCAUUGCAGGGCUUAAUGUUAUGAAAAUCAUCAGCGAGCCGACUGCUGCUGCUAUUGCCUAUGGUCUUGACCAUAAGACGACUAGCGUUGGUGAGAGCAACGUCCUCAUCUUUGACCUCGGUGGUGGUACGUUUGAUGUUUCCCUUCUUACCAUUGAGAAGGGUAUCAUCAAGGUCAAGACUACUGCUGGUGACACCCAUCUUGGAGGAGAGGACUUCGACAACCGAAUGGUGAAGCAUUUCAUUCAGGAGUUCAAGAGAAAGAGCACAAAGGACAUCACCUGCAACCCCAGGGCUCUUAGGAGAUUAAGAACAGCUUGUGAGAAGGCGAAGAGGUUUCUCUCCUCCACCCCUGAGACCACAAUUGAGAUCGAUUGCCUCUAUGAGGGUAUUGAUUUCUACUCAACCAUCACCAGGGCCAGAUUUGAGGAGCUGAACAUGGAUCUUUUUAGCAAGUGUAUAGAGCUAGUGGAGAAGUGCUUGAGGGAUGCCGAGAUGGAUAAGAGCGCUGUCCAUGAUGUGGUGCUUAUCGGGGGGUCCACCAGGAUUAACAAGGUCCAGCAGUUGCUUCGGGAUUUCUUCAACGGGAAGGAGCUCUGCAAGGGCAUCAACCCUGAUGAGGCAGUCGCCUAUGGUGCUGCAGUGCAAGCUGCAAUGUUGAGCGGUGAAGGCGACAAGAUCGUGCAAAAUUUGCUGUUGUUGGACGUUACUCCUCUCUCCCUUGGACUACAGACUCGUGGGGAGAUUAUGACCGUUUUCAUCCCAAGAAACACCACCAUUCCUACCAAGAAGGAGAAGGAACUCUAUACUUCCUACGACAACCAAACCUCUGUCUCCUUCCCGGUGUAUGAAGGUGAGAGGAUGAAAUCAACGGACAACAACUUGCUCGGCCAGUUUGAGCUCUGUGGCAUCCCUCCUGCUCCUCGGGGUCGUGCUCAGUUCACUGCCUGCUUUGAGAUCGAUGUCAACGGCAUUCUGAGCGUCUCUGCUGAGGACAAGAGCACCGGUCAAAAGAAAAAGAUCACCAUCACCUGUGAAAAGGACAGGCUGAGCAAGGAGGAGAUUGAGAGGAUGGUGAGGGAGGCUGACAAGUUCAAGUCUGAGGACGAGGCACGCAAGAAGAAGGUGCAGGCCAAGAACGCCCUCGAGGACUACGCCUACUACAUGAGGAACUCCAUCAGGGAAGCCAAGAUUGCUUCGAAGCUGGCAGAGGCUGAUAGGAAGAGGAUUGAGGACCUGUUUGAUCAGACGAUGCGAUGGCUCGACACGAAACAGUCGGCGGAGGCUGCUGAAUUUCAAGACAAGAAGUGGGAGUUGCAGAUUAGCUUUAAUCCGAUACUUGCCAAGGUGAAUCAGGGUUAAGUCAUGCUCCCUCCUCUUUUGGAUUAAUGCAGUGUCGUUACUUUUGGUUAUGACUUAUAUAUAUAUAUAGCAAAACUUGUGUCAAAUUAAGUGGAUAGCAAAAAGUAUAUAUAUAGUUUCUGAACGUAUAUGUUUAUAGUUUCUGUCAUUAUGCUGCUCAGGAAGCUAAAAUUUGAAACAACAUCCACACUUUCUAUUUCCUUGA